AUGGGGUCCACUCAAUUCGGGAACUUUCACGCAGAUACUGACCGCACACCCGUAUGGGUACCACAGGACUUCUGUCGCGACUCAACUUUACCAGUCUGCAACCUUUUCACUAAUAAAACUGCGACUGUUGCCUUCGGCGCGUGCGAUCUGACCGGCAUUCCUCUCAGUGGGGAUAGACACCUUCGGAACUUAGGUUCGAUUCUGCUAGCCUUCAUUGCCAUUGUUUUAACCGUGGGUAUGAUAUGGAGAUCUGACAAGAAGCACGCUGCCGUCGGCCGGAGGGAAAUGCAAUUGUUCUUGCUGGGUUUCAUCAUCAUUGAGAUCUGCGAGAUCUUCACAGUGGGUGGCUUUCCGCUGAGCGACGCAGUUCGAAAGGUACGAUUUCUACAGAAUAUAUUCAAGGCCUUGGCUGACGGAAGUAUCCAGGGGUUUUCUGCAGUACACAUCGCCGCAAUCACUGCUACUUGCUGGGUCCUUCUCAUGAACGCACUUGUCGGCUUCCAGUUGCUCGACGACGGCACCGCAGCUUCCAUCGGCCUUAUCUGCGCAUCUGCUGCGGCCUUUUUCAUCGGUACAGGCUAUAUCGCCUUGGACACCGGAUUCCAUUGGACUGGUCGUUUCCAGUCAAGCUAUGACAAACUAAACCGCAACAUCGCCCUUUAUGUUCUGUACCAACUUUUCCCACUCGUCUGCAUUGUCUUGUUUUACAUCCUAGAGGCCGUACUGGUCCUUCGGGUCCUGGGCGAGUUCCGACCAAUGCUGUAUCUCACCGGUGCUGGCGUGUUGUUUGCAAUUGGCCAGGUCUUCAAUUAUGUGAUCAGCACCCACCUAUGCCAGGCCUCAGACGGCAAGAUCAAUGGAGCUUUAUUUGAGACUCUCUUCACCCUCCUUUCUGUCUCCGGGGUCUGGGCCUUCUGGAGCAGUAUCACUGAAGACGACUGGCCUCUACCUGUGGGUGGCGGUGGCUACAACUGA